CAGUGAGUGGACCUCUCAGCAUUUCCAUGGGGUCAGCUCAGGUCACCGCGCCUGCAGAGCAGACCGCUUGUGUCGUUGAAACACGUGAGAGUCCAACAAUCAUCAUGUUUCGAUGAGAAGAACCUGACCGGCCCCGGUCGCUGCCCGUGAACGCAUCACGGGCCUGUUUAACAUUCUAGCCCGAACCGCGUCAGCCUGUUGCGCAGGCGCAAGCCUUCCACUCCGCAUGAAGGAGAGGAGGACGGGAGUCCUGAGGACUGGACGGACCGGACCGGACCCGAGCUGAUGGACAUGGACGGGCAAAACAGCAGCCUCUGCGCGCGAACGCGCCGCGGCGCCGCGCACGGCGGGAAGAAGGAGAAGAUCCCGGACAGGGUGACUCUGAAGAAGGAGAUCGGGCUGCUGAGCGCGUGCACCAUCAUCAUAGGAAACAUAAUUGGCUCUGGGAUCUUCAUUUCUCCUAAAGGCGUCCUGGAGCACUCGGGUUCGGUUGGUUUGGCCUUGGUAGUGUGGGUUCUCGGAGGCUGUAUCGCUGGGUUGGGCUCCCUGUGCUAUGCUGAACUGGGAGUUACCAUUCCCAAAUCUGGAGGGGACUACUCCUACGUGACAGAAAUAUUUGGUGGUCUGAUGGGGUUCCUGCUGCUGUGGAGUGCUGUUCUCAUCAUGUACCCCACCACCCUGGCUGUGAUUGCGCUCACCUUCUCCAGCUACAUCUUGCAGCCUGUUUUCCCAGACUGCGUUCCCCCCUAUGUGGCAACUCGACUCCUGUCUGCCACCUGCCUCAUAUUUCUGACCUGGGUGAACUGUUCCAGUGUCCGUUUGGCCACAAGGAUUCAGGACAUCUUCACAGUUGGAAAGCUGAUGGCUUUGGGCCUGAUCAUAGUCGUUGGCUUGGUGCAAAUCUUUAAUGGGAAUUAUGAGGCUCUGACCCCCCAGGUGGCCUUUUCAAUGAGUAGAACACCAUCGGUGGGACAGAUUGCUCUGGCCUUCCUGCAGGCUUCAUUUGCCUUCAGCGGCUGGAACUUCCUCAAUUACGUCACAGAAGAGGUGGUUGAACCCAGGCGGAAUCUACCUCGUGCCAUCUACAUCUCCAUUCCACUGGUGACCUUUGUGUACACGCUCACCAACAUCGCCUACUUCUCCUCCAUGUCGCCAGAGGAACUACUGUCAUCCAAUGCUGUUGCUGUAACUUUUGGUGAGAAGCUUCUGGGAGUCUUCUCUGUCAUCAUGCCAAUCUCAGUUGCCUUGUCCACCUUCGGAGGCAUCAAUGGUUACCUGUUCACCUCGUCCAGGCUUUGUUUCUCAGGUGCCAGAGAGGGCCACCUGCCUAGUCUGCUGGCUAUGAUCCACUGUAAGAGGUGCACACCCAUCCCAGCCCUGCUGGUCUGUUGUGCUGCCACCAUUGUCAUACUUUGCAUUGGGGAAACUCACAACCUGAUCAACUACGUCUCCUUCAUCAACUAUCUAUCAUACGGUGUCACAAUUGCGGGCCUUCUGUACUACCGCUGGAAGAAACCCAACUUGUAUCGGCCUAUUAGGGUGAACCUGCUGGUUCCUGUGAGUUACCUGAUGUUCUGGGCCUUGCUGCUUGGAUUCAGUCUGUACUCAGAGCCAGUGGUGUGUGGUGUUGGUUUGGUAAUCAUGCUGACAGGAGUACCCGUCUACUUCUUGGGUGUCCAUUGGAAGGAAAAACCAAAAUGCAUCUACAGCAUGAUUGAAAAGGCAACAUUUGUGGGCCAGAGGUUGUGUUUCGUGGUUUUCCCUCAGAUCGACCCGAAUGAAAUUGCCAGUCCUUCAGAGUGGACCGACCAGUCGUCGUGCAGCUUCUCUGGAAACUCAUAAACUCUACUCAAUCUGUGCAGAUGUGUGUGUUGUUUUCAGUUUUUUGUUUUUGUGUGGGCACCUGGUAACCUUGUGUCUAAGGUUCUCCCCCAAAACAUAAUUUUCUUUUAAAAAUGCCUGGUUUUCUGUUUGGAUGGUUUUGCUUGACCCUUUAUAUCUUUCUUUCUUUAAGUCUUCAAAUACAAUAGUCUAAUUUCCAUCAUGCAAAACCAUGGAAAUGCCUUUUUUGUUGCUGUUUUGGACCAAUUUGUUCAAUUCUCCGCAAUGUACCUUUAACUGUCAGUCAUGCUUGACUGACAAGUGUGAGGCAGUUCCUUCCAGACCUUGUUUGGAUGGUCUCUUUAAGAUUUGUACCAAGUGCAAAAACACAUCAUCCUACAAUAACCUUUAGAGAAAGGCUAAUUUACUCAGAAAUACCAAGUAUUAUCAUUUAACCAACUAUUUUUUUUCAACCAAAACUACAUAACUUUUUUUAGGUUUGAUUUUCCUUCUUGUAUUCUGACAUCUACUCAAUAAUUCUCUGGAUGGAUGGAUGGAUGGAUGGAUGGAUGGAUGGAUGGAUGGAUGGAUGGAUGGAUGGAUGGA